AUGAGCUCUCAUUGCAGUGGCUGGGGUUCAAUUCCCAGGCAGGGAGAUAACCCAGCCACUGAAGGAUUAACUCUCAAUGCUUGUUCAAAGCCUGGAUCCAAUGGAAGGGAUGUAUCAGGAAGGGCUUCCGGAGUCAAACCUGUGCCGAUCAAAUAUGCAGACCAGAUAAUCCGUUGUGGCCACAACAAACAUGGACGCUUCGGCAGCCUGCGUUUGACUCUAGACGCCUAUAAUUGUCGUCACUUCCUGCAGGUCUUCCUUUUUCAAGCUCCGUGUGGCAGGGGAAGACAAGCUAAAAUGAGCAAGGUCUCGAGAGAUACGCUGUACGAGGCUGUUCGGGAGGUCCAGGCUGGCUCCAUUUCUAAGAGGAGAAAGUUCCUGGAAACCGUGGAGCUGCAGAUCAGCUUGAAGAACUAUGAUCCCCAGAAGGACAAGCGUUUCUCAGGCACUGUCAGGCUGAAGACCACUCCACGUCCCAAGUUCUCGGUGUGCGUUCUUGGGGACCAGCAGCAUUGUGACGAAGCCAAGGCUGCUGACAUGCCACACAUGGACAUUGAGGCACUCAAAAAGCUCAACAAGAACAAGAAGCUGGUCAAGAAACUGGCUAAGAAAUACGAUGCCUUCCUGGCUUCCGAGUCACUGAUUAAGCAGAUCCCUCGUAUCCUGGGCCCUGGCCUGAACAAAGCCGGAAAGUUCCCUUCUCUUCUCACCCACAAUGAGAACCUGAAUACCAAGGUGGAUGAGGUCAAAUCCACAAUUAAGUUCCAGAUGAAAAAGGUGCUGUGUCUGGCUGUGGCAGUGGGCCAUGUUAGGAUGUCUGAGGAUGAGCUGGUCUACAACAUUCAUCUUUCUGUUAACUUCUUGGUGUCUCUGCUGAAGAAGAACUGGCAGAAUGUCAGAGCUCUCUACAUCAAGAGCACCAUGGGAAAGCCUCAGCGUCUCUAUUAGGGAUUCUGUCCUGUUCCUUUCUAUAAUAAAUGUGGAGGAAUCCAAAA